AAGAUGCGCUGCCCAUGAGUGAGGGCGGGGCGGACCUCUUGCGCUUGACCCCCGCCCUCGGAGAGCCCGCCUCGGGGCGUGGUCCCAGGGAGCCUGGGAGGGUGCCCGAGCUCUGGACUCGGGCGUGCAGCUGCGGGACGGAAGAUGCUCGGCCAGUCACCCCGUGCCCGCUGAGGUUCCCCUCUCAUUUCCGCCGUGCCAGCCAGACCCGACCAGAGGUGCUUUGGGAAAAAAAAAAGACCUACAAUUUUAAUGUGAGAAAGGACAUGAGGAGUCUACAGGCCUGGGAUCUUCCAGAUCAGAAUGAAACCCAUGUUGAAAGACUUUUCAAAUCUCUUGCUGGUGGUGCUCUGUGACUAUGUCCUUGGAGAAGCAGAAUACCUCUUCUUGCAAGAGCCAGUCCAUGUGGCACUGAGUGACAGAGCAGUGUCAGUGGGUUUCCACUACCUCGGUGACAUCAACGGGACACUGAGGAAUGUGUCUGUCAUGCUGUGGGAGGCCAACACCAAUCGGACUCUUACUACUAAGUACCUCCUGACCAACCAGGCCAAGGGAACACUCCAGUUUGAAUGCUUCUACUUCAAAGAGGCUGGUGACUACUGGUUUGUAAUGAUCUCGGAAGUGACAGACAAUGGCACACAAGUUCCGCUCUGGGAGAAAAGUGCCUUUCUGAAGGUAGAAUGGCCUGUCUUUCACAUCGAUUUAAAUAGGACAGUCAAGGCAGCAGAAGGCACCUUCCAAGUGGGUGUUUUUACCACCCAACCGCUCUGCCUGUUUCCUGUGGACAAGCCAGAGAUGCUGGUGGACGUCAUUUUCACUGACAGUCUUCCCGAGGCAAGAACAAGUCUGGGACAGCCUCUGGAGAUCAGAGCCAGCAAAAGGGCAAAACUCACUCAAAGUCAGUGGGUCGAGUUUGGCUGUGCACCCAUAGGGGUGGAAGCCUACGUCACGGUCAUGCUGAGGCUGUUGGGUCAAGACUCAGUCAUUGCUUCCACGGGACCUAUUGACCUGGCCCAAAAAUUCGGAUACAAAUUGAUGAUGGCACCGGAGGUCACGUGUGAAUCUGUGCUGGAGGUGAUGGUACUGCCACCUCCUUGUGUCUUCGUCCAAGGAGUUCUGGCUGUUUACAAGGAGGCCCCCAAACACCCGGAAGAGAGGACUUUCCAGAUGGCUGAAAACAGGCUGUCCCCAGGAGAGAGGAGAACGCUGUUUAACUGCACUUUGUUUGACGUAGGAAAGAACAAAUACUGCUUUAACUUUGGAAUUUUGAAGAAAAGCCAUUUUUCUACAAAGGAAUGCACGCUAAUUCAAAGAAAUAUAGAAACUUGGGGACCAUGGCAGCCGUGGAGCCCGUGUAGCACCACGUGCGGGGAUGCCGUCCGAGAGCGUCGCCGCGCAUGCGUCGCUUCUUUCCCCUCCAGACCUAGCUGCUCUGGAAUGUCCUCAGAGACCUCUCCGUGCUCCCUGGAGGAGUGUGCUGUUUUCCGGCCACCAGGCCCAUCGCCUGUUCCACCCCAGGACCCGGUGAAGUCCAACAACGUGGUGACCGUCACAGGGAUAUCCCUGUGCUUGUUCAUCAUCUUUGCCACCGUGCUCAUCACUCUCUGGAGGAGGUUCGGCAGAGCCCCCAAAUGCAGCACCCCGGCUCGCCACAACUCCAUCCAUUCCCCUGGCUUCCGGAAGAACUCGGAUGAGGAGAACAUCUGCGAGCUGAGCGAGCCUCGCGGAAGCUUCUCGGAUGCGGGUGACGGACCUAGGGGAAGCCCGGGGGACACAGGCAUCCCACUGACUUACAGGUGCAGUGCAUCGGCCCCUCCUGAGGAUGAGGCCUCGGGCAGUGAGAGCUUCCAGUCCAACGCUCAGAAGAUCAUCCCGCCCCUGUUUAGCUACCGCCUUGCCCAGCAGCAGUUGAAGGAGAUGAAGAAGAAAGGGCUGACAGAGACCACCAAAGUGUACCACGUGUCUCAGAGUCCCCUGACAGACACUGUAGUGGAUGCCACGGCCAGCCCACCCUUAGACCUGGACGGCCCCGAAGAGGCAGCAGCAAGCAAGUUCCGAAUCAAGUCUCCAUUUCUGGACCAGCCUGGGGCAGGUCCCGGGGAAAGGCCCCCCUCCAGGUUGGAUGGCAUCGUGCCUCCGCCCAGCUGUGCGGUCAGCCCCAGCCAGACCCUGAUCCGCAAGUCGCAGGUGAGGUCGACCGGUGGGAGGGACGGCUCUUCGGAGAGGUGCCACUCCAGAAGUUCCCUCUUCAGGAGGACUGCUAGUUUUCACGAAACCAAGCAGUCUCGCCCUUUCCGGGAGAGGAGUUUGUCGGCCCUGAGUCCUCGCCAGGUCCCCGCCUACAGCUCCAGGAUGCGGACGUGGGACCAGAUGGAGGAGAGGUGCCGGCCGCCCAGUCGAAGUGCCCACCUGCUUCCAGAGAGAGCAGAACACUUGCCAGGGGCAGGGCGGAGCAGCAGUCCUCUGGGUCCGCUCUCCAAAUCCUACACCGUGGGGCAUCCCAGGAGGAAACUGGACCCGGGGGACCGCCAGGCGGGAUUGGUGGCAGGAGCUGAGAAAACAGAGUCUCACCGAGCUCACAGGGGACCGUCCCCGAGUCACAGGAGUGCCUCAAGGAAACAGUCUUCCCCCAUUUCCCUCAAAGAUAGCUACCAGAAAGUCAGUCAGCUGAGCCCUUCUCACUUCAGGAAAGAUAAAUGCCAGAGCUUUCCCAUCCACCCCGAGUUCGCCUUCUAUGACAACACCUCUUUCAGCCUCACCGAGGCCGAGCAGAGAAUGCUGGACCUCCCAGGAUACUUCGGCUCCAACGAAGAGGACGAAACCACAAGUACACUUAGCGUGGAGAAGUUAGUAAUCUAGGCGAGGAAGCAAGCGCCAGGGCUCACCCAGGGUCCUUCACCCAGGUGGCACUAUCCCUGCUCAAGUACUUGCGGUCGACCCGUAUUGUACAACCGUGGGAAUCAGUUCACCCGGAGGAUGUGUGCUUAGCCACGUGGUUUAAUGAAUCAGGAAGAAGUGAUUUAUCCUGAACUUUCCUUUUUCUUAUCCCGUUUCCAUUGGCUUUUUACUACUAAUAAAAUUUAAAUGGCAGGUGUAUGAUGCAUUUUGAACACUACACUGGAUAUUUCCAACUUGGGACUCUGGGAGCUUUUCCCAGGGAGGAGGCCCGGGGUGGGUGGGGGCUCCCAAUGCCUGGUGUGUAUGCAGAACCAUUGUCGGCAGGAGCUUGCUUGCAUCUUGCUUCCUGGUAAAGUGGGAACCAAACAAAGAAGCCUAAAUAUGGGGCUGCUUCUUUUGAAGUUUGUUACCAAGGUACCAAAUGGCAUAAUUCCUUUUCGGCCCAGUGACCUAACGACUAAUCAGCAUAAAUAGCUACAUAAUCAGCAUAAAUAGCUACAAGCUCCUGGUGACUUCCAGCUACCACGCCCAUCCUGCCUUUAGAUUGAUUUCCUUCUUUUAGCGUUUAUCAGGAUGUCGGGCAGCUGGGGGUGGAGGGGGUUCAGAUAGGGGGAAAUCACAAAUGUAAACAUGGUAGUUUCAAAAGUUAAUAUUUGCUCAACUGUCACCUGUGACUUUUUGUUUUUAAAUUAACAUGUGCUUCCUUUGGGACUGUUUCAGUGAUGACUAUCUGCUCUUCAGGAACUGGACGGGUGGAUUGUCCAGAGCAGUCUGACAGAUGCUACUCAUGGAUGAAAGAAGAGACGGGCUUGUUGCUCUCCAGUUUCUUUAUUUAUCUCACCAGAAAGCUUUAUUCUUUAUCCAAGUUCAUGGGCCUGUGGGUCAGCCUUUGACACAGAGAGCACAUAAUUGCUUGUUCCAGAUUUCCCAGAGAUUUCCCCAACAGUGUCAGUCUGAGACCAAAACAGUUUUGGAGAAGUGGAAAUUCAUGAGGAACACUAUGAGCUGAGAGGUUUCCUGUUAAGUGAUGCUUGCUGUCUCCCCAGCCCAGUGUUCUGGGGCUCCCACUAACAGUGAACCCCUGCCCCUGAGACAGAAAAGAUGCUUUAUUGCCGUUUUUAAUGCAUGAGUUGUAGAUUUCAGUAAACAGUUUUCUGUCUCUUACCACCGUAUCUUCGUGUUCUAAUCCCAGAAUCAGGGCUCAAUAAAGACAGAGUGGCCAACUAGUGAAAUGCCUUAAAACCAGUUGCGGUUGAAUUAGAAUGAUUUUUUUUAAAGAUUUAUUUAUUGUUAUAUGUGAGUACACUGUAGCUGUCUUCAGACACACCAGAAGAGGGCCUCAGAUCUCAUUACAGAUGGUUGUGAGCCACCAUGUGGUUGCUGGGAUUUGAACUCAGGACCUUCGGAAGGGCAGUCAGUGCUCUUAACCGCUGAGCCAUCUCUCUAGCCCUAGAAUGAUUUUUUAAAUAACACUUUACAUUGUAAAUCAUUAUAAAGGAAAUUUGUU